AUGAUAUUGAGCAAAAGAUUUUUACCUAUGGUUCAUGUAUUACAGAUCAAUCCGACUACACUAAUACAAUAUACGAAUAGGAGGCACAUGGGAAGAAGCACUACGCCGAGAAAUCAACAACACGAAAACUUUCUUCAAAACGAUUCCUUUUCUUUCUUUUUCUUCUUUGGGAUUGGGACUAAUUAA